CGCCUAGUGGUGAGUUGGCUUUAGGAAGAAGGACUGCCAAACCCGGAUGACGCUGGGCCAAUUGUGCGCCGGAACCAGGUACUGCACUGGGAUGCGGUGUCUUAGACCACUGCGCCACUCAGGAGCCCGAAUCUACUGACGUCCCACCCAGCUUAUUGACAUCUGGUCUCCUGGCUCUGAAGUUUCCCAUCAUCUUGCUCAUCAUGACCAAGCUCCUGGAGUGGGUGUUUGGCGUCUCGGUAAUAGGCGCAGCAUGGGCUCUCGUGACUUUUGACCUUCUGAACUUGAGGCUCCCAGAGGCCUACAAGGAGGUGGCCUGGCCCAUGCCUGUGUAUCUGCUGGUGGUGUUCGGCUGCUACUCCCUGGCUACUGUGGGAUACAGGGUGGCCACCUUCAACGACUGUGAGGAGGCAUCCAAAGAACUACAGGAUCAGAUAAAGGAGGCCAAGGAGGACCUGAGGAAAAAAGGGUUGAAUAUGUGAAAAGUACAGACUAUAGAGACUCUUGAGAGACUAUGCGAUAGACACCACAAUGACAGACUUGGACUCAUAUACAACUCAGUUCUUAUCAUGGACCAUGUUAUUUUAUUUCAUACAAUGUCCAUAGUGGAUAAAGUCUUAGUCAAAGCGGUUCUUGCUUAGUUACAUACGCCAUUGAAUGCUGUUGUCCCUAUUCUGUAUUCAUGAUUCACCCUAUACAGAUGCCUAGUCACUCGGCUGACUCAUCCAUCAUCCACAACCGACCGCUAUCCAGUACCAGUUUCAACCAAUAACAUCAAGGGAAACAGAGCAAACGCAUCAAAUGUUUACUGUUACAUCACUAGUGCAUGUACUAUUACGUCAACCCUAUAAAGGGCACUUUGUGCACUGUUAAGUUAAUAGACAAGACCCUUUAGGGAAGUCUGUAACAUGCAGCACAGUCAAAUCACUGUUCUGUGGCCAAAUGUAGUCGAUUGUGAAAUGCCUACCAAUAAAACUCAAGGGUCAUGCUGAUACAGAACGGGACUAGGAUUAGUUUCCGCCCAAGGAUUGUCAAACACUUGUAUACUGUCUAGCUAAUUGAGUAGUGUGUCUGGAGAUUCAGCUGUUGAUCACGCCAGCUAGUUUUUGUGUUCCAAGAAGUGCACAUUCCAUUGAGAUGUUUCUGACUUGUGUCCUGAGGCAGUUGUGACUUAAUAAAGGCUGACACAUUUUUCCCAAA